AGGAUUUAAGCGCUCCCGCCGUAAAGAUGAGGGCUUUCUGAAUGAGUGUGUUUCAAAAGUGAGCCGAGUUUCAGGUAAGAGAGCAGCUCCACGCGCUUCCAGGGCGCAGAAGUUAGUCUGCGUGGGUUUUUUUUUUUGAGAGAGAGAGUUUUUCUAAACGUGAAAAGUUUCUGCAGGACAACAACAACAACAACAACAACAACAACAACAACAACAACAACAACAACAGCACUUUGAAACACCUCAGACUCCUGACAAGUGGACGUGUGGCAGAAGGCGCAGAGAUGAACGCAGAGAUGGAGUACACAGGCUCCGGGAGCAGCGGCAACGGAAAGCUGCGCCAGUGGCUGAUCGAGCAGGUGGACUGCGGGAAAUAUCCCGGGCUGGUGUGGGAGAACGACGAGAAGAGCAUCUUCAGGAUACCAUGGAAACACGCCGGGAAACAGGACUACAACCGAGAUGAGGAUGCCGCGCUUUUUAAGGCUUGGGCGCUGUUUAAAGGCAAGUUUCGGGAGGGCAUCGACAAGCCGGAUCCGCCGACCUGGAAGACUCGCCUCCGCUGCGCCCUCAACAAGAGCAACGACUUCGAGGAGCUGGUGGAGAGGAGCCAGCUGGACAUCUCAGACCCGUACAAAGUUUACCGCAUCAUACCAGAGGGCGCCAAGAAAAGACCCCGACAGGAGGACAGCCCUCUGAGCCCAAUGAGCUACCAGAUGCACCCGUCCUAUCCCACUCUGCAGCCUCAGGUUUCUCAGUACAUGCCCACAGCAGAGUGUGGCUGGAGGGAUUACUGUCAGGAUCCGCCCUCCCUCUCUGAGCUGCCCUACACUCAGUUUCCCUGUCCGCCCCGCAGCCUACCGUGGCAGGGCCCGGCCGUGGACAAUGGAUACCAGCUCAGAGCGUCCAUCUACUCGUACAGCCCCGCUGACAGUCAGCCGUCACCAUUCACUCUGGACGCCAGCAUCAGAUCAGCAGAGGCCCUUUCAGACCUCCGCCUGCUUGUGUCUGUAUAUUUCCGGGACUCUCUGGUGAGGGAGGUGACCGUCUCCAGUCCGGAGGGGUGUCACAUCACACCAUGUUCCCUCGAGGAGAAGCACUUCAUGCAGCCAGGUGGUCGCGAGGUGAUAGCCCUGCCCGUAGAGAGUCUGUCCGCCCAGAGGAGGACAGACGAGUGUCCCCCGAGCCCCCCGUCCGACCUGGAGAGGGGCGUGUUACUGUGGAUGGGCCCAGAGGGACUCAACGCUCGGCGGCUGUGUCAGAGCAGAGUGUACUGGCAGGCAGGACUGUCCCAGUACGGAGACAAGCCCAACAAACUGGAGAGAGAGGUCACCUGUACACUCCUGCACACACAGGACUUCCUCACAGAGAUCCAGAGUUAUGGACUCCACGGUCGCCCGCCGCCUCGUUUCCAGGUCCUGCUGAGCUUCGGAGACGAGUGUCUGGACCCGCAGAGGCAAAGACGCACCCUCACAGUCCAGGUGGAGCCGCUGUUCGCCCGGCAGCUCCUGUACUACGCCCAGCAGAUGGGCAGCCACUACUACCGCAGCUUCGAUCACCCGGGGGUCUCAGACCUCAUAAACCCCUCUGAGGACUACCAGAGAGCCAUCCAACACCACCAGAGCAGCAGCCUGCAGGAGUGACCUCAGGAGGAGUGAGAGACUGUAGAAAACUUUCAGACGCAACGACGACCGUUUCUCCACACGGAGGACGAUCUCAGACGGCCUUAUACAUCUACUUACGGACAUUUACUGACAGGGCAUGUUUGUAUUGUGAUGAAACCAAAGUGACUUUUUUUUUGUACUCAGGAUAUUUUUGUGCACUAUAGAUAUUUUACAUUCUGACUUUCCAAAGAAAACUGACAGCUCAGGUGAUUGUACUGUAAAAAUACUUCGGGGGAAAGUUAUACCCUUUAAUUAAAAAGAUAUGUUCACUUUCUUGCCUUGAGGUAAAUCAUGAAAUCAAUACUCUCUCCAGUGAACAUGAAGCCCGUUAGCCUAGCUUAGCACAAAGAUUUGAAGCAAAGGGAAACAGGUGGACUGACUUAUUGCAAAGGUAACAAAAUCUGCUCAUCAAACCUUUGAAAAAGUUCAACAUGAAAAACUGAAGAACAAGCGUGCUCAAAGACAGUUCUGGAUUCAGCAGCUAACUCGACUGACCCUAACUUUCUGUCAAGUGUCAGGCUAGCACCAACACUGUGCCUUUAUAAUAAUGUAUGCAUUAGUCCGAACAGAGACUCUGUGAUGUAACGAUCAGUGUCUUCCUGCAGGUCAGUAUGUUAGUGUAGCUGAAGCGGGUAGUACUUGCAUGCUGAAUAUCUGGUUUACGUUGGUCUUAAAGGGCUUUAAAAUGUUGCUUUCAGGUACAUACGCUUCAAAAAAGAUGUUAGCAAAGCACCACAGUGACUGAGAGAAACACAGAACAAAUGUAACAGGUUGAACUUUACAGUUUAUCAGCAGAACUUUAAAUGACAACAGCAUCAGAAAGUAACUCUUACGAAACUCUUAAAUCUUCAGAGAUUAAAUGGUUAUCGCUGCUAGUUGUCUAACGCUACAGGGAAUUUUGUUAUUAGCGCCAUGCCGCUAUGAUUCAGUCUAUUGACGGGCAGAUAACCAGUUCAGGAGCGCUCGCUGUGGGCAGCCCCCUCGCUCUGACGUGUCUCCAUCAGUGCAUGUCCACAGGACCCUGUUUGUGCUUGUGUGUGUAUUUCAGCCUAUGUUUAGCAUGUGUAGCAUGUGUAGCAUGUUCCACAAAAAGAGUGUCAAAUUAAUUGAUAAGGUAUAUCUUCUUCAGCGAUAAGUCACGGAGUCUGCACAUGUAACAGAUAUUAGACCAUAAAAACAGAUUUUAAGAAUGUCUUAGGACUGUGCUAUGCUAUCUGUUAUCUUAGCAGUCGUUAUGCUAAGCUUAGCGGCUCGUCUUCUGGCACAUCAGUAGCUUCAUGUUUGCUGUUCACAUCGAAGAGUGGAAAGAUUUCUGAAUGUAACUCCUCUUCUAAAGAUUUUUAAAUGUAACUCUCAGGGAGAUGCUUUCUAUAUAAGCUCUUGUGAACUUAGUUUUUCAAUCCGAUAUUUGAGAUGCAGAAGAGAUUUAUAAAUGUGAGGGGUCAAACGUCAAAUCUGAGAAAAAAUAGAGGUGAAUGUUUUUGGGUUUUUUUGCCUUAAGAGGAGCACUUCUUUUGUAAAUAAACAAUAAAAAGCUUCAAUGUAAA